UGCGUCUUUUUGAUUUUGUUUUUGCCUUGCCACAGGACUUACCCUCGUCCACAUGAGUACUUGGACAUCUCCAAGCUGCCUGCCAGCUGGGACUGGAGGAACGUGGAUGGGGUCAACUACGCCAGCACCACGCGGAACCAGCACAUCCCGCAGUACUGCGGGUCCUGCUGGGCCCACGGCAGCACCAGCGCCAUGGCAGAUCGAAUCAACAUAAAGAGGAAAGGCGCAUGGCCUUCUGCCUACCUCUCUGUCCAAAAUGUUAUCGACUGCGCUAAUGCGGGGUCCUGCGAAGGUGGAGACCACACAGGUGUUUGGAUGUAUGCCCAUGACCAUGGCAUUCCAGAUGAGACCUGUAACAACUACCAAGCAAAAGAUCAAAAAUGUAAGAAGUUUAACCAGUGUGGAACUUGUGUUACUUUUGGAGAAUGUCACGUGAUACAGAACUAUACUCUCUGGAAAGUUGCUGACUAUGGCUCUGUCAGUGGAAGGGAGAAAAUGAUGGCAGAAAUCUACACUAAUGGACCAAUUAGCUGUGGUAUAAUGGCUACUGAAAAGUUAGAUGCUUACACUGGAGGACUUUAUACUGAGUACAACCCCUCACCUGCGGUGAAUCACAUUGUAUCUGUGGCUGGCUGGGGUGUGGAAAAUGGAACAGAAUAUUGGAUUGUUCGCAACUCAUGGGGUGAACCUUGGGGUGAAAGAGGGUGGCUGAGAAUUGUGACAAGUGCAUACAAAGGUGGAAAAGGAGCAGAGUACAAUCUUGCUAUUGAAGAGGACUGUGCAUAUGGAGAUCCUGUACUUCCUUGAGUCUACACUGAGCAUCUUUAGGAAUUACUUUGUUUGAAAGCUUCCCAACGCUAUCUUUUUGUUUACAAAAUAGUCUAAAAUUCUCAGUUCACCAUAAGCAGGCAAUUCUGCAACAGUAGCCCAG